UGCGGUUCGUUUGGGAGAAAAGUUUGAGCGCGCUCGUUGAUUGGGGUGCAAUUGCCCUACUGUGUGGCAGUGAACCGUUGAAUUCGGAUUUUGGUCGGUUGAAACGAGCAGACAAAUAAGUCAAGACUGUAGUUUGGUGAAAUGUCUCCGCUGAUUAGCAACAGAUGUUCGCGGGCGUUCAAGUGUGAUGUGCCGGAAUGAUUGGAGUCUGUUGGGCAAUUUCGGCGGCAGCGACGACGACGCAACGACGGUUGGAGCACGUGCUGGUGAAAUUGGAUUUUGGUUUGUUGAAAUCGCACACGCGUGGAAUGUGAGACAAGAAGUCCAACAAUAAUAACACUUAAUAGUGAGCAACGUUCUAGGAAGUGUUUUCUGAAGUGCUUCUGAAGCGAGAGAGAGUGAGUCAAGCUAUGACUCGUAUAAGUGUAGUGCACUUGGGUAUGAAGUUUAUACCGUGAUUUCAAUCUACGCUAUAGUGAUAUCAUUAAUAGUAAAGUCAAAAAACUUAUCAUAAAGAAUCACUGUUUCCAAAGAAAAAUAAACUUGUGGCGACCAAAACACAGAAGCUCUGUGUCUAGCAAUACGGCGAAUCGCCAAAUGGUUUGACAACACAUGGUCAAUUUAUCUUCGGUCGGUAGCGGCGGUAGCAUCAUUCCACAGAAUGCCCAAAACAAAGUUGGAAUUUAUCUUGCAGCUUGGGUCUGAUCGCCCGCCUAUGCUCAAAUAUUGAAUCCGCCCGAGGAAACAACCAAGCGCCUCCACCGAAACCGAAAACCGUUCGUUAAUUUUUCUCUAAAUUAUGGCAAAUGGAAGCGUCGACGACGGGGGCGCUUUCGCGAUGCCGGCCGCCACCGCAACAUCGUUGGCAUCCAUCACGAUUAAUUACACCAGCACCAGCACCACGUUCACCGCCAGCCUAUACCAGGAAAUCUACGUCAAUCUGCAGAUCGUGAAAGGCGAUCUGCUCAACUUCAGCGAACGCUUCGUGAUGGACCCGAACGGAUCGGCAUCGGCAUCGGGGGCGGCGGCGGCCAGUUCCUUGACGGUGUCCCCCUCAUCAAUGAUGGCGGUGCCAACUGCUGGGACAGAUGGAGACUGUACCAAAAUUUGCCUCUCCUGGGAGAAGAUGUUUCUGGUGGUUUUGUUCUGUGCGCUGAUAGUCAUUACGGUGAUUGGGAAUACGCUGGUGAUACUUUCGGUUGCAACUACGCGGCGGUUGCGGACCGUUACCAAUUGCUUCGUAAUGAGUCUGGCGGUGGCCGAUUGGCUGGUGGGAAUAUUCGUGAUGCCACCAGCGGUGAUAGUUUUCGUUGUAGACAAGUGGCAGCUGGGCUGGAUACUCUGUGAUAUUUGGAUAUCGCUCGAUGUCCUCCUCUGUACGGCUUCGAUUCUCAGUCUGUGCGCAAUCAGUGUCGAUAGAUACUUGGCCGUCACUCAACCCCUGACGUACUCGAAGCGGAGGCGCUCCAAGCGGCUCGCUCUGCUGAUGAUCUUCGUCGUUUGGCUCGUCGCGCUGGCCAUCACGUGUCCCCCAAUCCUGGGAUGGUACGACCAGGAUCGGGAACGGAACGAGUGCCAGUACAACCAGAACAAGGGCUACGUGGUCUUUUCGGCGAUGGGAUCCUUCUUCAUACCGAUGAGCGUGAUGCUGUACGUGUACUCGAAGAUUUGCUGCGUGCUUACUUCCCGGCAGCACCGGAUGACCAAAACCGAGGCGACCGAGAAAAACUGUGAAAUCGACAUCGACAACUACACCUCGGAAAUAGACACCAGUCCAAAGCAGGGUGGCUACGUGAGCCGGAACGUAUCGUCCAACUAUGCCAACUCGCACCAAACUUUGUACGAGUUUCUAAGCUCGGCCCGUAACACGCCGAGUGCCACGCGCCACCAACUAACUGCCCCACGGGCAUCCGCCGUCGGCCUCACAUCGGUCAUGGGUGGCAGCAACGGCGGAAACGGCAGCCACUACGAGAUGAGGCCAAUCAACACGGUCCAGUUCAGUGCCAGUCAGAUAUCGCUGGCCGAGUCCUGCGUGUCCAACGUGACCAACAGUGGACUAAACUCCACCAAGGUGCGGGUUCACGGUGGCAAGCGCAUUCCCAUUAGGAUUUCCUCACUUAAUCGCGAAACAAAAACGGCACAAACCCUCAGCAUGGUGGUGGGAGGCUUCAUUGCCUGUUGGUUGCCCUUCUUCGUGUACUAUCUGUUGAUGCCGUUCCUGCCGGAGCACUCGCAGAGCAAACCACUGAUGGCGUUUCUCACCUGGCUUGGGUGGAUCAAUAGCGCCAUAAAUCCGUUCAUCUAUGCCUUCUAUAACGUGGACUUUCGGAUCGCUUUCUGGCGGUUGACGUUCAGGAAAUUCUAUAAAAACAAGCACAAUCUGGCAUUUUUUAAGUCGUAGGGUGGUGGGGGUUGACCGGCUAGGCGCUAGUAGAUGACAUGGUUCUGGGGAUGGGACAGUAGAAAAUUGAACAAAACUAAAACAGAGCGCUAAUGAAUAAUUACUUACUUUUAGUCCUGGGCUCCCACGGUGGUGCAGAGGAGCGAAUUGAAAGAUUUUCAUCCUGGGCGAUUGCCAGUCAUCGCCUUGACCAGACCCUGAGCCUCAGGGUCUGCCUCUGCUGCGAUGUCCUGCUGGGUUUCAAUUUAACGCUUGCUUGUCGAUUUCGUUUCCGCCCCUGCGUAGAGUGUGGCCGACCCACUUCCACUUUCGCUCCCGAGUUUCUGACGCUAUCGGCCUUUGAUGAUAUCGACGAUGGAGUUCCACGUUGGAGAUCCAUCUAUUGAUUUAUUGAUCAUCUAUUGAUGAAGAUCUGCAUUCGUUGAGUAUUCUCCAUUGAUACACACCAAGUUUCACUGGUGUACAGCAGCUUAGAUUCAACGUUCGAGUUCAAAAUUUUGAUUUUGGUUCGUCGACAAUUUAAUCUGAUUGUUUUUCCAUAGGCAGCCCUCACCUUCUUGAUCCGUGCAUCUAUGUCGAUUUCAGUGCCAUCGGCCACCAUUUGGCUACCAAUAUAUUAGAAGAUUUCAGCAUUCUCUGCUUGCCCAGCUGCCGUAAAACUGGAAGGGUUGACCAUGUUUACAUAGAACGAUUUGAUGGUAAGACCUGCCACCAAGGAGCGAUUGGAAGGUCAUCGAGCAUACUUUGCAUAUCAGAGCACCGUUGAGCUAGAAGAGCAACGUCAUCAGCCAGUUCGAAGUCAUUUAGGUGGUAAUGGGCUGCCACAGCAACCCACGAUUUGGCUCACGACCAAUCGCACCUACCAGGACAGUAGCAGUGAAAGGAUACAUCCAUGCCUCACUCCAGCAACGACUCGGAUGGGGUCGGACAAGAUACCGUUGUGCAGUACUCUGCACUGCACGAAAAUGCCCUGUACUGUGCUUCAAUGAGGCCGUUGAUUUUUUUCAGGGAUACCCUUGCGCCUGAGGGCUCGCCACAUGUUUUUAUGAUUGAGACGGUCGAAAACUUUUUCGUAAUCAAUGAACACCAGGUACAAUGACUCUUUAAAAAAAAAAAGACACUACACCGUCUUCAACCAGAGGUUGCACAGACUGAACACAUUCACUAACAUUAGGCAACGGACAACACGGAACACCCAGUGGACCAGUGGAAGAUAUUUCGUUUUGACGAAAAGUUUCCUCCGGCUGGAGCGGGAAUCGAACCCUCACUCCGUGGCACUCACAAUACGCCUAAAUGACUGACGCCGCUAACCACACGGCCACGAAGCCCACACUCUUGGAAUUCCUUGAUUUGCUCCAAGAAGAUGCGGACAAUAGCGUGACAAGAGUUGCGUCUAUCUUCUCCUGAAACUGGUUCAGGAUCACUUUACAGAGGUCUUUGAAAACGAUGCAAAGCAAGGCCAAUUAUCGCAUACUGUCAGGUCACCCUUUUUGGGUACCUUCACGAAGACGCCUUGUAUCUUAUCGACCGGAAAUGUCACGGUUUCCCAUUUGUUGCGGAAUAAUUGAUGUAGCAGUUGUGCAGAUGCUACGGGAUCAGUUUUGAACAUCUCAGCUGAUAUGCGAUCGACCCCCGGGGCCCUGUUCGAUUUCAUGCUACGGAUGGCUGUUUCUAUCCCCUGCAGUGAUCUGCCGUAAUUCUGCAAAGUGACGUAAGCGCCAUUCAAUAUGUCGAUAUUUUUUGGUAUAUUAUAUAUCAUAUCUGGUGUAAAAAUGACACUAUGGUAUGCCUGCUGUAUAAGAAUGCAAGAUCUAAUCGUAAUCUAUCAUCUAUGGAAAGAAACUUAGAGGAUGAGCAAGAGAUUUUUGCAUAAUAUCCAAAAAAUGGGCCAAAACUAUCAAUGUCGCUUACGUCACUUUGCAGAAUUACGGCAGUGAUGGAGCUUCGGUGUUGACACGGGUAAUACGUGGAACCCUUGUCGGAUCAUGCUGAGGCGUUGGUGGCGUAGCCGAUACUUGAAAAAGGUUUCCAAAGUGCUCGAACCAGCGUUUCAAUAACAUAGACCUUAGACCAGCUUAGACCCACUAAGACGACGUGAGACAUCGUGGAAGAAACGAAUGUCGCCGAUACUUGCGGCUUUCUCGCCUUCGUCGACUAGUAAGUCCGUCAAUGCUCUUUUGUCCCGCCUACAUGAACGCUUCAUUUCCUUCUGGAGAGGUGAAUAGCGCUGACGGCUUUGGCUCCUCGUGUUUUCGCUCGCUCUAUCGCAGCUUUGGCGUUCCUUCGAUCCUCUAUCUUCCUCCAGGUGUCAUCUGUGAUCCACUUCUUUCUCCGGGUGCGUAGCUCACCCAAAUUAUACUUGCCGGUGGCGAAGGCGUUCUUGAUGGCGCUCCAUUGAUCUUCUACGCUUCCACCUUCUGGAAUAUCCGCAGCACGGUUCUCUAGCUCGUCGACGAAGGACAAUUCCACCGCAGUGUCUUCCAGUGGGCAUGUAUUGAACAGGCGCCCGAUUUUCUCCUCAGAACCGGGGAUGGAUCGUGUCGUCACAGGCCUUCGAGAACUGAUUGAUUGACUGGCAGUCUUCAGACCUAAUACCUUUCCUAAAAUCCUAUCAGCUGUCACAUGAAGAUGGUCUCGAUUAGCUUGCCGUGUAGGAGCGCAGCCUUCACGUUCAUUUGAGGGACAACAAGAUUGUGUUACUUUGCCAAAACGAGUACACUGGAACCUCAAUUUAUGCUCAUGGCUGGGGGUGCAUAAAUUAAAAAUGUGCAUAAAUUAAAAUAUGCAUUAAAAGAGGGAAAUUUGUGCAUAAAUUAAGUUUGGGCUUCAAUGAGGGAAUCUAGUUCGCGAGAACAGGUCUUGCUCCUGGGUAUUCAAUGGCGCUAAGGGGGUUUCCAGAAAGUUUUCCUCUCUCUCUCUCUCUUCUUGGCGUAAAGUCCUCAUUGGGACAAAGCCUGCUUCUCAGCUUAGUGUUCUAUGAGCACUUCCACAGUUUUUAACUGAGAGCUUCCUCUGCCAAUGACCAUUUUGCAUGCGUAUAUCGUGUGGCAGGCACGCCCAAGGAAGUCAAGGAAAUUUCCUUUACGAAAAGAUCCUUGACCGACCGGGAAUCGAACCCGUCACCCUCAGCAUGGUCAAGCUGAAUUCCCGUGCGUUUACCGCCUCGGCUAUAAAGUUUUCCAGAUAACCUAAAAAUGGGAGGCUUCAGGGGCGUUUCAGGGGGAUGUUUCAGGGGAUUUGAGUAGCCUUUUAAGGGCGUUCUGUCAGUUUUUUUUUGUGUUUUAAUGGGAUUACGGGGAAUUCAGAGGCAUUUCAAUAGAAAUUAGGAAAUUCAGGGACGUUUCAAGGGGCUUUAAGGAAAAUGCAGGGGAUUGCAGGAGCCUUUAAAAGGCGUUACAAGGGAUUUGAGGGGCGUUUCACGAAAUUUCAGAGAAUUUAAGGGAGUUUUAGGAACAUUUUAAGAGUUCCUAGAGCUUUUAAGGGGCGUUUGAAAGCAUUUUGGGGGCGUUUCGAGAGGUUUUAAGGUGCGCACCUGAGACACUCAGAAACCCUCGAAAACUUCUCCGUAGUGCUUCCGAGUCCCUCCGAAUAUGCUCUCAAACUUUCUGAAAUGCCUACAAAAUCCCCCUGAAACUCUCUCGAAGCCCAUGUAACGCAUCUGCGACGCUCCGAAACCCCUGAAAACUUUUCCGUAACGGUUCCGUAAUGCCACAGAAACCCACCGAAAACACUGGGACAUUCUGCAAUGCCUCCUAAAUCCCCCUUAAACCCCCGUGGACCCCAGUAACGCACCUGAGACGCUCCGAAAACCCCGAAAACUCUUUCGUAACGCCUCUGAAUCCCGCCGAAAAUGCUCUUAAACUUCCUGAAAUGCCUCCAAAAUCCCCCUAAAAUCCCCUCGGACCCAAUGCAACGCAUCUUAACCCCCAAAAGUGACCCCGAAUACCUUUAAGACCCACUCGGACCCCAAGUAACGCACGUGACACCCACGGAAACCCUCUAAAACGUACCUGUAACGCCUCCAAACCUCCUGAAACACUUCUGAGAUUGCCAGGUAUCCCUCUGAAAUCCGCUGGGUCCGGCCUGAAACGCCCCUGGAAUCUCCUGGUACCUCCUGAAACCCCUUGGGAUCCCCUGAAACGUCCCUGUAACCUCUCUUCUCUCCCCUAUAAACGCCCCUGGCCGCCGAUGGAUACCGUCGAAAAUCAUCUGAAACUCUCUGCAAUGCUUUCGAAAACCCCUCCACUCAGACACCCGAAAACUCCUUUGAGAUCUCCUGGAACCCCACGGAAACCCCAUGGGACCCCUAAAACUCCCUUGCGACCUCCCUUUGCUCAUCCCUAUAAACAUCCCCUGGUCGCCGUUGCAAUAGUUGCCGUCAUUAAUAAAUAUUAUUAUGCACAAUGUUCGUUCUGAGUAGCUCUCCCUCUUUUUAUGCAGAGCAUAAAAAAAGAUGCAUAAAUUAAAAGUGCAUAAAAAUAGCAUGCAUAAAUUGAGGUUUUAGUGCAUCAUACGCAUAAUGGCCAUCCUGAUUACCAUGGGCUAAGGCUUAACCCAUGGCGCUGAAUGAAACCCUUUGCAACUAGCCAGGCUUUUAUUCUUUCCAAGGUUUCCUUUGGAUUCGGCUUGAGUCGAACAACACACUUACAAUUAUUAUUGGCCGUAAAUGUGCGUCGAUAGUCUCAGGGAGGUUCUCCACGUAGAUUUCCGCGUUGAUUGCUUUGUUUUUUUUUUUUUUUUUUUGUUGGGAUUUGAACCACUGCGACCAUUACUUUGAUCUAUUGUGGUAUACCCCUGUUUAGUUUCGCGUUUGUUCAGGACGACGAGUCACCAUUGAGGGUUGACGUCGUUUGCUGAUUACAGUAUGCGGCAGGAAAAAAUGCGAAAGUGUUUUUCAACUUCAAACCUCAUUUUCCUCCAUUUGACGUUAACCAAUCAAUGUUUUAACGUUCCAUGAUCUCUAACAGGCUAAUUUUCUGAAAAGUUAUUUAAAAAAAAUCCCUUCUUGGGCACAAAUCUUUACAAGACGGCACCUGAAGCUGAAGACCAUCAAAAUUUUCAAACCACUGAAAAGCACACAGGUCGCUAAAUUUCAUACCUGACAAAACAAAACUUUUAAUUAUCUCUACAUUAAUAUCAUAUAUAUGUAUUUAUUUCAUCUGGUAUGUGAAACUACAUGGCUCUGGACUAAUAUGGCCUGGUUUUUCAUCGAAUUGAAGCAUUUUUUUUACUAUAAUAGCCAUUUUGUCUAAUGACCAUUGGGCGCGCAGUUUUUUGAUACCGACUUUUUAGGCUUACAUUAUCACAUGUUAAAAAUCAAAUAUGUUAAUUUUUAUUUUGUAGUGCUAGAAUAUAGACGUUGACUGAUACACUGCCAUUGAAAAAUUGUCAUAUAUAUCCUAUAUUCAGUGUGUAAUAGCGCCUUGAACUUUUCGCAUUUUUUCCUGCCGCACCCUGUAUGCGAAGUACCCCAAUCUGGGAUGAUUCUUAGGAUAAAAUCAACCAUCAAAUUGGGAUUUUUCAACCAAAUUUCAGAAGGAUUUAGAAUACCCUUGGUAAAAUAUUGUCUUCUACGCACAAAUAGUGCUGGACAGUCACAUAACAGAUGGUGAGAGGUCUCAAUUGCAUAGUUACAGAAUCGACAGACAUCAGUUUGACAUCGAUUCAUAUUUUUCAAAUGAUAUCGUGUCGGGCAGUGCCCCGUGAGAAGCCCAAUAGCUAUGCUCAGAGAUUUUUUAUUUAGGUUUAAUAGUUUUUCUGUAGUUUUGUCAUUCGAAGUUAUGAACAGUUUGGAUUGUCUUGAUGUUUUCGUAGCAAUCCAGUUUGAUUGUAUCAUUUGAUCCUCCCAUCGCUUUACUUCCAUUUGUAUUUCACAUUUAGAUACACCACAGAAUGGUUCUGGGCCUAUGAAUUGAACUUCAGAGCCUUCUCUGGCAAGUGUAUCAGCUUUUUCAUUACCUUCUAUUCCACAGUGGCCAGGUACCCAGUACAGAUUAACCUGGUUUGUAGCGGCCAACUGUUUCAGUAGUUCAAUGCAUUCCCACACCAGUUUAGACUGACAUGUGAAAGAUUUUAGUGCAUUCAAAGCUGCCUGACUAUCUGAAAAUAUGCAAAUCCGUGUAUACCUGUACUUCCUCUUAAGGCAUACAGACACACACUCCAGAAUUGCAUAUAUUUCUGCAAGAAAAACGGUUGUCCAUUUUCCCAUUGAUAUUGAAAUAUUCAGCCCUGGCCCGGUAAUUCCAGCUCCAGUGCCAUGAUUCAUUUUUGAGCCAUCUGUGUAGAAAAUAACCGAUCCUGGUAAGAUAUUCGGUCCCCCCGAUUCCCAUACUUGACGAUCAGUGUUGACCACUGUGUAUGGUAUAUCAAAGUUCAGUUUCUUAUCCAUCCAGUCUUCAUUCAUUACUACUAAUUGAUUAACGGGAAAAUCUUUCAGUAUACUGAGAUGGCCGACAAGAUUACCUUCCAGUAAUAUAGUAUUUCUUCUUAGCCUUAGGGCACUCUUUUCAGCUUCCUUUUGCACAUAUUGAUGCAGUGGAAGUUUAUAAAGAGCGGCAUCUAAGGCCUUUGACGGUGUACUAUGCAUUGCUCCUGUUAUAGCCAUACAAGCCAAACGUUGUAACUUUUCGAGUCUUCUUUGUGUUGUAUAUUGUUUUGUCUUAGGCCACCAAACCAGCGACGCAUAGACUAUCCUGGGUCUUACGAUAACCGUAUAGAUCCAAUGAAUCAUUUUUGGUUUGAGGCCCCAUUUUCUUCCAAACGUAGUUUUACUUACCCAAAGAGCAUUCGUGGCUUUGUUAAUUACAUGUUCUAAGUGUAAGUUCCAGUUAAGUUUAUCAUCUAGAAUUACUCCCAGAUAUUUAGCAUUUGACGAGUAUUUUAAGAUAGAUCCGUUAAUUUUCAAAGUUUUCAAAGCAGGUUUUCUUCUGCGGGUAAAUGGCACUAAAACUGCUUUUGAAGGGUUGAUGUUCAAUCCUUCGUUUUGACACCAACGCCAGGUGCAGUUUAGUGCAUAUUGCAUUCUGUUUGUUAUGAUACUGUCAAACUUUCCACGCACUUUUAUAACUACGUCAUCUGCAAAACCGAUGACUUCGAAGCCUUUUUCCACUAGUGUAUUAAGAAGAUCAUCAACAACAAGUGACCAUAGUAAGGGGGACAAUACACCCCCUUGAGGACAUCCCCUGGUAGUCUUUACAGUUAUGGAUGAUUCUCCCAAUUCAGCCGAUACUUUCCUAUUAUUUAGCAUUUCCAUUAUCCACUUUUUGAUACAAGGAUCGAAGUUUCUAUUUGUCAUUGUAAGAUGCACAUCAAAUGCAUUAUCAAAAGCACCUUCUAUAUCAAGAAAUGCUACAAGAGCAAUUUCUUUCCUGUUAAGCGUACUUUCUAUUUUUGUAACUAGUUCGUGAAGAGCUGUGACUGUAGAUUUAUUGGAUUGGUAAGCAAAUUGAUAUCUACUGAGAGGAUAUCUUUGUAAAUAAUUUGAUUUUAUGUAUUCGUCUAUUAUCUUUUCCAUAAUUUUGAGUAUGGUAGACGUAAGACUUAUAGGCCUGAAAGAUUUUGGUUGUGCUUUGUCUUUUUUACCCGCUUUUGGAAUAAAAACUACUCGAACUUGAGUCCAUACUUUAGGUAUAUGCCCUAAAGUUAAACUACAUUUAAAAAUACUAGUAAGGAUAUCUAGCAACUCUUUUCCACCCUUCUGAAGAAGUGCAGGAAAUAUGCCAUCCCUUCCCGGAGAUUUGAAUGGUUGGAAGGAGUUCACUGCCCAUUCAACUUUAGAUCGUGUGAAGAUUGUAUCCGGUAUAAUAAAGUUGGUGUCUACAGUCCGUAUUGGCCUAUAGUUUUCAUCAACUCCCGUACCAUCUUCAUCAUCACUUGAUAGUAAACUUGAUCCAGGGAAAUGAGUUUCCAUCAUUAUUUUAAGUGUUUCGUUUGUAUCAACAGUGAAACUCCCGUCUGUUUUCUUCAAACUUCCCAGGCCAUUUGAAUGGUCUUUGGAAAGAACUUUUUGCAGUUUUGCUACAUCUGGGGUUUUUUCUAUGUUUUCACAAUAAGACCUCCAGGUUUUCCUUCGAGAUUUUCUUAUUUCUUUAUUGUAAAGUGUAAGGGUUUUGCCUUUCUCGUACACCAAGUGUACUGGAAAGGCUAUAUGUUCACUCCAAAAAUGACUUUUUGAUAGGAGGCCCGGAGAUUCGAGUCACAUAUACCAAUCAACUCAGCUCGACGAAUUGAGGUGAUGUCUGUGUGUGUGUAUGUGUGUGUGUAUGUGUGUGUGUAUGUGUACAAACGAACUCACGUCACUUUUCGGCAGUAAAUCUCAACCGAUUUUAAUGACCGACGGUUCAUUCGACGCGGAAUCUGGUCCCAUUGUUUGCUAUUGAAAAUGGUUCGGAUCGGUCCAGCCGUUCCGGAAUUAUGGCCAUUUAGGCGUUCCGGAUCGGUACCCCAGGAAGGGGCUAGAUAUGAAAAUGCAACAAACCCACGCAUGCGACACAUCAAACCACGGCAUUUUCGAUAAUAUGUUGAACGGUAAGCAAGAAAAUAGGCUCAGACCAUAUCUGAACCGGUAAUGUUCCGAAACCGGUUCCGAAGGUCCCACCAGAAGUGGCCAAAUAUAAAAGUGAACCAAACCCAUACAUGCGACUCAUCAAAUCGCAGCUUUUUCAAUAACCUGAUGAACGGUUAACAGGAAAAUAGUCUCAGAUAUAUCUGAACCGGUAGUGUUCCUGAACCGGUUCCGGGCGUCCCGCCGGAAGUGGACAAAUAUAAAAAUGAAACAAACCCAGGCAAGCGACACGUCAAAUCGCGCCCUUUGCGAUAACCUGAUGAACGGUUAGCAAGAAAAUGGUCUCAGAUCACAUAAGAAACUACCGGUGUUCCAAAACCGUUUCCGGAGGUCCCGCCGAAAGUGGCCAAAUAUAACAGUGAAGCAAACCCAGGCAUGCGACACAUCAAAUCGCGGCUCCUUAGGCGAACUGAUGAAUGGUUUGUAAAAAAUAGUUCUAGACCAUAUUUGAGACAACCGGUGGUGUUCCGGAACCGGUUCCGGGUUCCCUCCGGAAGUGGCCAAAUAUAUUUUUUUUUUGUCUUUAUUAAUGAGAUUUUUAACUCGAAGCUAGUUCAUCUCGGGACCCUUCCCUUCCGAAGGAAGAACCUACGUUUUGUGAAUAUGUCGGGAGUGGGAUUCGAUCCCAGGCUCUUGGCAUGAUAGUCUUGUGUUCUAACCAUCAAACCAGGCCCGCUCCACCGCCAAAUAUUUAAGUGAACCAAACACAUGCAUGCGACACAUCAAAUCGCGGCUCCUUAGGUAACCUGAUGAACGGUUAGCAAGAAAAUAGUUUCAGACCAUAUUUGGGACAACCGGUUCCGAGUGUUCCGCUGGAAGUGGCCAAAUAUAAAAGCGAACCAAACCCAUGCAUGCGACACGUCAAAUCGCGGAUUUUCCGAUAAACUGAUGAACGGUAAGCAAGAAAAUAGUCUCAGACCACAUAAGAAACUACCGGUGGUAUUCCAAAACUAGCGUUGGGUGCUUCGUCGGAAUUCAAAAGUGAGAAAAAUUAAAGCAAGCGAUAGAUAUCUUGACAAAACUAAGACGAUCUCAUCCAAUCACACCAUUUCAGAUUCCUGUGGUGUAAUAAUGCAGAAGGAUGGGUCAACGUUGUAUGGGAAAAUUAAAUUUUAAUCGUAAUAACUCCGUAAUAACAACUUUUUCAAUUCUCUUUCGCGUCUAAAAUGACUGCGUAAAAUUUUUGUGCGACUGGUUGCUCCCUCACGCACUGUAAUGUAGUUGAAAGUUGAAUGGGAUUCAGUAUGAAAAAUUUCAGUUACUUGCAUGUUUUUGUCAAAUUUUACAUGCAUCUUGUAGCCAAUGAUAAUAAAAUAAAGCGUGUGUAGAAGUGUGUAGAAAAUACUUUGUCGAAAAUCGUUAAGGUAUCUGUGUUUGUGAAAAAGUUGUAUCGUCUUGGUGUUGAUCGGCCUCCAGUGAUAGUGAAGGAGGUCAAGCUGUCAACUGAGAGGUCUGAUAUUUUUCAGCUCUGCCUAUACGUUGAACAUAAUGUCGGAAUAUGUGCCAUCAAUAAGUUUCAAGUCAAUUCAAUGAUGGCUCUGAUAAAAUUCUUAGUAAAGUAUUCUCAUGAUUCAGGAGCAUUUCAGCUCACGUCAACGGAAACGUCAUGAGUACAUAUUCGACGAGAAAGGCACUAUCUCCACUAGGUGGAUCAAUCCGGGUUUAUUUUUAUAUUCAUCCCAUUUUCCAGAAACUUUUGCUCGAUUGAAAAGUUUCCGGGAUUUUUUCCUUAAGUUGUUUAAAGUUUUGCGUUGAUUGCUUAAGCGAUAAUUGAAUUGUCAUCCAACUUACCUGGCGCAUUCCAAAUACCCUACCUGUGAUAAAUCUCGAGAGGAUCUGGUUCAAUCUCUUGCGGAAUAAUACAUAUCGUUCAACCAGUCAUCGAACUCGUCCUCCUGGUGAACAACAACAAUUUCCGGCUCAACUGCUCUUCACCGGCAUUCUACACAGCUCCGAUAUUCGGCACUUCUCGAACAAUCAGCACAUUCUCCGGCGGAGGAGAGCGGCGAUCGAUCACAGCUGUAGCUCGGCUUCGAAGGACAAAUCGCUUCCUGAUAACGUGACAGUUCUUCAACGACAAUAUCCUUGGCGAUGACAACCUUCCUUGUGUUUCACAAUCGGUAGUAUAUCAAACGAAGUAACAGUUCUUACCCGUGGAACCCAACUUGCUCCUUGUCUCAUUUUAGAGAGUUUUCCGGAAUUUUUCUUGGAGUUUGUUUGGCAAUUUUCUUUGAAAUCUAUCUAAAACUCGGUUUUGAAUUUCUUCUCAGGAUUUAUUCCGAAACUGUAUCCAAGAUCAUUCCUUGAACUCCUUCCCGGAAGCCCCGUUUGAUUUAUCGAAAUUUGCUUUCCGGAUUUCCCGCCAGAGUAUAUUCCAUGAUUUUUCCAGUGUUCCUUCCGGGAUUUCGCAGAGUUGAUCCUAGGAGCAGGGAUGCCAGAUGAUUUUUUGAAAAAUCUGUAUCACAAUUUUCAAAAAUCUGUAUCCCAUACAAAAUUUGGAAGAAAGAUCAGUAUCCCAUACAAAAAUGAAAUGGCCCCUCUAGCUCAAAAAUCUGCAUUUCAUAUAAAACGGAAUCUGUAUGGAUGCUUAAAAAUCUGUAUAAUACAGAUAAGUCUGCAUAUAUGGCAUCCCUGCCUAGGAGUUCAACCAGAGUUCCUACUAGGAGAAUAUUGGCAGGAGUUUUCAACAAAAUCUCUGCAGAAGUACCUUCCAGUCUCCCAGAGGCUUAUCCAAAAUGCUUCCAAAGUUUGAAGCUGAAUUCCAUCCGAAGACUCUUCGAAUGUGUAUCUAAAGUUCUUUCAAGAAUUUCUCUAAGGGAUUUUUCCGAGAAAUUAGCGGAAUUUCUUCAUAUGUUUUUCCAGGGUCAAAGUUAUCUUCCAGAAGGUUUUCCGGGAUUUUCCGCAUCCAGAAUUUCUCUUAGAAGCAAAGCAUUUCUCUAUAUUUUUCGAAUAAGUUUUCUCAGAGUUUCUCGCAAUAUUUCCUGUAUAUUCCCCAUGUUUCUCCGGAAAUUUAUUGCCAGGGAUUUUGUUGAUUAUUUUAGUUUUUUUUUUAAGAAAUCCUUUCAAAUAAAUCUCCUGGGGAAAUUUCUGCAAGAAGUCAGAGAUAACCCAAAAGGAUCAAUCCGAAUUCUGGAGAAAUACCUGGUAGCGAUUCCGAGAAAAAGCGAGAAUGUGUGGUGUGAAUCAAGGAUAGUGUCAUUCCCCUUGCCUGCCCUUCCCCUAGCAAGCAUCAUGACGAGUUUGUCAACGUGCCUCAAUGUCAAUGCCAAUGUGCCUCAAUGUGCCUCAUUCAGGAGUGGAGUUUUGGCAGAGUAAGUCGUCUUGAUCGCGAGGUCCUGUAUAAUCCGAAGUGAAUCUACUGUACUUUGCUAAGCUGACUGGGAACACAUUAUUGAUACCUUGUUGGCUACUAAGUAACUUUACUCCAACGCCGAGAGUAUAAUAGAGCACUAUCUUCGUCGGUCUUGGGCGAUGUUACUCCAGUUUCCCCGAACGUGUAGGGAUCGUAGAUCUUCUUCAACAGCAUGCAGCCAGCGAGUACGCGGCCGUCCACGAAGUCGCCUACCUCUACCAAGUUCUCUGCUGAAUAUUGUUUUCGCUAUUAUUUCUUCCGACAUUCGCACUACGUGUCCAGCCCCCCGACGUCUGCCGUAUUUUCUUGUUUUCCACCGAGAAUCGUCCGCAGCACUUUGCGCUCAAAAACUCCAAAAGAUUUUCGAUGUAUCUCCUUUAACGUCCACGCUUCGUGACCAUAGAGGGCAACCGGAAGAAUCAGUGUCUCAUACAGAGCGAAUUCUGUUUGCGUUUGCUAGUUACGGGACCUAAGCUGGCUACGCAAUCCGUAAAAGGCCCUAUUCGCAGCUGCAAUGCGCCUUUUCACUUCACGGGAAACGUCAUUGUCAAAUGUCACAAGUGUUUCAAACACAUCCUCAUCAAUCACUACCUCAGCACUAACGCCACUAGGCCUGCUUCUGUUUCUAUCCGCUAUCAUGUACUUCGUCUUGGUAGAGUUAAUCGUCAAGCCUAUCCACGUUGUCUCUCUCUUUGGAGGAGCAUAAGCUUCCUCCACUGCCCCACGAUCGAUGCCGAUGAGAUCAAUAUCGUCCGCAAAACCGAGGUGCAUGUGCGACCUGACCUCCUAAUCGCUCCUUCGAGUGCAAUGUUGAACAAAAAAUUCGAAAGAGCAAUUUUGUACGUCAUAUCGAAGCAAAAUGUACGUUAUAUCGAAUUCACUAUAUCGAGGGUACGUUAUAUCGAAGAUUACCUGUACUCGAAACUCUCCUUGGAGCACUCAUUUCAUUCUAUUGGCCACAUACUUGGGUGCAAUUAAAAAAGCCUUCUAUUUUUCUAGUCACAGUCGGAGUAUAAUAACACUCUAAUCACAAAUAGCGGAACGGUCAAUUAAACAAUCUACCGAUUGGUGCACGCUAUCACAGUUCGUUACUUAGAAACAAUAGAGCAUUGUUUAAUUUUUCAAAAGCGUCAAACAUUCUACCACCCAGCAUCUUCCGAAUAGAACCAUUGUCAUCAUUGAUCCGGUCAAAUCCAGCGAAAAAAAAAAAUGUACCAAAUAAUAGAAGGCCAUAAACCCAAACUCGUCGAAGCAGAUUUUUUGCUUGAAUGAGUAGAUGAAUGGAAAACGCGACGCACGGGCCGAGCCUGGCCUGGGUAGCAGCGCCGGCUGCCCAAGCACAAUGAAUAGAAGAUCCAUCACCGGAACGCGCGAAUUCACCCCUAAUACUGAUGAAAGGUUAUCACGAAUCUUUUUUCUUACUGAUAGGUACUGUAUGAUGUUCGAAAUGAAACCGUGUCUAGCGGUAAUUCAUUAGAGGCUAUAAUGAUUGAACGCUGGUGAUUUGAUGUACAAAGAAAUACCAAGAAAUGGGGAAGGGGUUGUUGGGAUUCCUUUUAAUGUUUAGAUUUUUAGAUGACGUGAACGAUUUUUCUCGAGAAAUAAGGUGCAUGUAGAGUAGAAUUGUAGAGAAUAAUAGAAACAAACAGCUCCAUAAAACAAAAGGUGUGGAGUCAACGAAUUGAAAUUAUGAAAUGUACUAGAUUUGAUACAUGUAAUUAUAUGAUCGAUGGUUUCCAUGAAAUAUGUAGUGACGAUAGAAUUGCCAAUAAAGACAUAAAAUUUUAGUUC